AUGGCCCCAACACUGUACAUGUAUCAGGCAAGCUCUUCUGUGCGAGCUGUCCUUAUCACAGCAAAAGCUCUUGAUUUAAAAUUCAACGAAAAAGAAAUAGAUUUUUUGCAUCUAGACCACUUAAAACCGGAGUAUUUUCAAUUAAAUCCCCAACAUACAAUUCCGACCCUUGUGGAUGAUGAUUUCAUACUUUGGGACAGCCAUGCCAUUAUGAUCUAUAUAGUUUCAAAGUAUGCUAAAAAUAACUUACUUUACCCUGAAGAUUUGAAAAAACGAGCGGUUAUUCAUCAAAGACUUUAUUUUGAGGCUGGAGUUUUAUCGGUCCAAAUGAGAAAUUUUGCAUUUGCAGUUCUUUAUGAAAAUAAAACCUCAAUAGAUCAGAAAGAUAAAGAAGCUAUUCAUGAGAGUUACGGAAUUUUGGAAACUUUUUUAGAAGGAAAAGUUUGGAUCGCUGGUGAUUCUGUUACUAUUGCUGACUACAGUUUAAUAGCAACUGUUAGUACUCUCAAUGCUUUUGUUUCAAUUGAUACAAAAAAGUAUCGAAAAUUGUCGAAGUGGGUACUACAGUGCGAGAAUCUUCCAGAGUAUGAGGUUAACAGAAAAGGGUUAAUGGAAGUUCACAACAUAUUGAAAAAUAAAUUGUCCAUAGUUUAAGAAUUUUUUGUUUCACGAAAAAUUAAAAAUUAAAAUUGAU